AUCAAACGGUUUGAUGCCCUGUUCCUUGUCUUCGUCCACAUCUGCCCCCGGCAAUGUGCUGAAAACUUCCUGCACUUCAGGACCGGCUCUGGCCAAGAAAACGUUCUUAAGCUUUGUUCGGUCUGGCCGAACACUUGCCCCCACCCGUGCGGCAAAACUGACUACGCCGCUGCGCAACGGCAGCUGUCAACCUCACCGACAGCAACAACGACCCGCUUACUGCGCGCAGACCAGUCCCGAUCCAUCCAAAUAACGCGUCGCACGUGCAGCCAAAACAAACUGCAGCAGAGCAGAAGCAGAGACAGAAGAGGAAGACGAGAAAGUGAAGUGAUAGGAGGAGGAGAAUAAAAGAAAAUUAGAAAACCCAAACCCUCCCAGUGUUUGCUUCCCCGGACAAUCUUCCGCCGCGAUACAGUCCACUUCCGCGAGUUUGAAGGGCCACCGUUGGUCCGAACAUAAAUGGUCCGUACCGAACCGGAUUCCAAAGUGACUGCUUCGGCUGCUGCCCGCGCUGACGUGUCCGAUCGUGUUGUUUUCCUGAACAUUGCACGCGAGUGAAAACCUGUGUGUGUGUGUGUCACUUUGACAUAAAACAGUGACAUUCCAAAAUGUUUAAGUGACGAAUUCCGUGCCACGGAUUUCUUCCACCUGUCUGGCCGGACCCAGUUCCGGAGACAACCCUGGCCUUGCCGAACCAUGUUUCGGAGGUCACCCGCAGCCUUGCCGGACCCUGUUCUGGAGGUAUCCCCCACCUUGCCAGAUCCCAUUCUGGAGGUUGUUUCCGCCUUGUCGGACCGUGUUCCGGAGGCAAACCACGUCCUGCCGAAUACCACUUCGGAGGCAUCCCUCGCCCUGCCGGGUCCUGUCCCGGAGGUUUUCCCGUCCUUGUCGGACCGUGUUCCGAAAUCAAGCCACGUCCUGCCGAAUACCACUUCGGAGGCAUCCCUCGCCCUGCCGGGUCCUGUCCCGGGGGCUCGCCCUACCUUGCCAGACCGUGUUUCGGAGGCACUCCAGAAUCUAGAUGAGCUAGCAGCGACAGUCGACCGCCGAGAAAAUGUUCCGCCAUCAACACCAGCAGUGUCGUCAUCGACCCCAGAAAGCGAGCUCUUAACGACCAAAUGCAGCGACCGAGCAGCAGGAACUGUCCAAACUGCGGCAGAUUUCUCGACGUGGACUUCCGCACCCCAGCGGGAAGUUGCCAUGAACCCAACAGUGAAGAAGCUGGCGGAUGCUUUUCGUCAGCGGCACCAGGCGGAACAGAAGCUGAUUUUCGUUGAGGAACUGCUUUUGGGUCUGUGCCAACCAACGCUAGCACAACUGACGGUGCUGUACGAUUUUCUGUGUACAGCGUAUCGAGAGCAGAGCCAGCACCAUCUAACAAUCGUCGGAAUCAUCCCAGAUGAAGACCUUGCUCAGCAGGAGGCUGAGUUCGAAAAGCACGACGCAAAUUUCUACAAAGUUGCUACUGUGGUGGCCGAAUUGCAGAUCGAAGCAGAAGGAACCGAGCCAGUAUCAACAAGCGUGGCAGCCAAAAAUGCAUUAAACCGACAGCGCCUACAAGCUGAAUCCUGGCUGAAGCAGAUGCUGAGGGCUUGGGAAUCGAACCGAGUGGACCCUCUGGAUGCAAAUGUCCAACUCCAAGCACCAGGAAGUCAGGAGGUGGUCUUGAGAGACCGCGCGCCUGCCGUAUGCAUCCCAAAGCCUGAACCAAACCUUGAGCCGAGUCUAAACCAGCUGAAAUCCUUGGCGAAGCAGAUCACCACCAAGUCCACCUGCGAGUUUGGCAGCGAUUCCCGAAUAAUCCUGAGAUCGGAACAACCGAGUGCAGUCGGCUCCCGGCCGAGGGAGGAUUUCAACAUGAACCCGAUCGCGGACAACAAGUUUGACUUCCUCGAACCGACCGGCUAUCUCAAGGACGUUACCGCCGAAGCAGAGCCGGGCCCAGUGAUGCCAGCAAUCCCCUCUGCCCAAGUUUCCCUUCGCUAUCGAUCAAUUACACACCCUGAUCCACGCGGUGUCCACAGCGAGGAACCGAAGAACCUUCCGGAUUUUGAGCUCCAGCAGAACUGCGCCGAACCGGUAGGUAGUUUCAAGACGGACUUUGAGACGGUGAUGACCGUUCCGAAGUACCAGCUACAGCAGCCGUCAGCGGCAAAGGCUCCAGACAAGCGUAGACAUAUCUGUCCUAGCAGUGUCACCACAAACAGCGACUCCAAGUCUGACGCUCCCAACGAAGUCGAGUCACAGGAGACUUCCGCGGUUUCAACCAAGCUAGAUCCAGCUGACCGCCGAGUGUCUAUUAGAGUGUCCAGGGAUGUUGACACAAGGUUGAGUCUCAAGUUGUCGUUGUCAGCCAUGGCAGCGUGUGGUGACAAUCAGCAAAGCCAAGAUUCGAACCGGCACCGAGGCACCAAGUCCGAUGUAGCCAACGAAACCAGAUCGCAGCGUUUGAAGAUAAGACUGCCGAUUGUCUCGGCGGACCGAGCGUUCGCAGAAGUUCCUGAAGAUGUCGCCAACAGUGAAAUUUCCGAACAUGACGAAGAAUCUCCCAAAAGUCGUCAACGUGCGAGUUUCUGUGAAGUCCAUUCGGACAGCAUCCCCGAGCAAAACCCUGAAGCUGUGCUUCUGGACCGGACGGUGGCGCUUGACCCGGACAUCAACCGUUUCCAUUCGGAUAGGGAUCUGAACAACCCAGAAGAUAAGGCCGAUUUCAGUCGUGUCACGAAGGACAGCAGCUCCAAAGUGACGAAGAUGAUCCCCCGCAGCAGAGUGCCUGGAGUGCACAAUUCCGUCAAGAAUACCCACCGCGUCCACCUGGAUAUCGUUCCCGAAACCAGCUUUCAGACGGUGAAAACCGUUGCGGAAAAGAACCCCCUGAUGCCGCCAGUGUCAAAAGCUCCGGAGAAACUCAAGCAGUACCGCACCAUGAAAAAAACCCUACCUCGCGCGUUUGGUGUCCCUCCUACCAGAUGCCAGCCACGCCAAGUAUGCCAAGAAUGUGCCAAGCCCCAGAACCAGACCAAGGAAUUGACCAACCAAGAGAUUGACCACAACAAGGACAGCGACCCAGUCACCGAUGAUUGUGCGUUGCAAGUACCCAAUAGUAUCAACGGCAGAGUGACACGCCGCGACUCAGUAACAACCACGCCUACUGGGAUUAACCCGAACAAGCUUGCCGGACGGUGUAGGAUCGUCCAUUCCGAAACAGCGAGCUACAACCCGUUUCGUGCGCUGCAACGACAAGAAACGAUCAGUGUCUCCAAGAAGCAAGGCGUCGUCGACGCACCGGACCGAACCGACGAUCUGGCACUCAACGGAGGUGCUGAAAGAACGACACCACGGAAGAUCUGCCAUGCUGUGGCAGUGCUGCAGUUGCUCCAAGAACCUCGAGAUACUUUCCAGAACAAGGGCAAGAAACCUGCCACCCAGAGCAAGCCCAACGAUUCACUCUACGACGAAAAGAUUGCGCAGAAUUGGCUCAUCGACCGAGAGUUGGUUGCAACCAAGAUGCUGAACACAAGCUACCUGCACCGCGCCGAAGCAAACCUUACACCAGAUGAACGCGAAACUCUACGACCGCUUGGAGAAGCCAGACCAAUAUUCACGAUCCUGAAGCGGCCCUGGGACCCGGGGUCGACAUGCCACACGUCGAAGCCAAUCAGCGACCCAGACCAAACCGCGGUACAAGAGCGAAGAUCCAGAAAUGCUGUUGAGAGGACUCAACGGGGGGAGUAUGUUCGGUCUGGCCGAACACUUGCCCCCACCCGUGCGGCAAAACUGACUACGCCGCUGCGCAACGGCAGCUGUCAACCUCACCGACAGCAACAACGACCCGCUUACUGCGCGCAGACCAGUCCCGAUCCAUCCAAAGAACGCGUCGCACGUGCAGCCAAAACAAACUGCAGCAGAGCAGAAGCAGAGACAGAAGAGGAAGACGAGAAAGUGAAGUGAUAGGAGGAGGAGAAUAAAAGAAAAUUAGAAAACCCAAACCCUCCCAGUAUUUGCUUCCCCGGACAAUCUUCCGCCGCGAUACAGUCCACUUCCGCGAGUUUGAAGGGCCACCGUUGGU